GUGGCAAAGAGUUAGUAGCUUUUAAUAUACCGACGAAUUUCUCGUCAGUGAUGGUGAUAUUCUGCAAGAAUAAUCUCAUCGGUAACUUGCAAAUUUCUAGCAAGCCUUUGUCGAUAACUGAUGGCAAGAACAAACAAGCAGCUCACAAAAUUUUUGGAUUCUGCCAGCGCCGCCGAAAUUUUCACUUUACCGACAAGAACCUUGUCGGUAAGAAACAAAUUUUUGGAUUUUUGGUGGUGGCGCCGAAAUUUUCACUUUACCGACAAGAACCUAGUCAGUAAGAAACAAGCGGGCUCACAAAUUUUUUGGAUUGUGUUGCUCCCACUGAAAUUUUCACUUGACCCAUGUGUAUCACGUCGGUAAUAGGAAUACCGACAAGCUAGCCAUUGCUAAAAGGCUCUAUAUAUACAUAUACACUUGCAUCGCCGCCCGUUCAUUUUAUUUGUUUCUUCAUUCUUCUUUUUCUUCUUUUUCUUCUCCUCUCCAGCUUUGUCUCUAGAGCUCCUGGCCGGAUUUUUCUUCCAUUAAUCUGCUGCUCAAUUUACCAUAUUUAUUAUUACAUUAUACUUAUAUUAAUUUUGGUUUAUAUCUUCUUAAUCUCUGCUCUUUUUCUCUUCCAUUCUUUUUCUAGCUAAUUAAUUGUUAAUUAAACAAGAAUUUCAGUUAUUGAUAAAUUUAUUUACACUACUAAUAUUUUUUAAUAUUGUUGUUUUGUAGGAAACAUUGUUGGGAGAUAGUAAUUGGUAAAUAAAUUUUAUUUAUGUAA